GCCGCUCGUACAGAGUCAAGCUGGUUUUCUGGCAUGCGAUCGGAAAUGCUGAAGCGAAAGAUACCCUCUCAAUUUGAUGAGAUUGUUGGAGCUCAAGACAGAAAGGCAAAAUAUACAUUGGCGCCAUUCCUCCCUCCAGAGGCAGUAAAGGGAAGCGAUUUCCACCGGAGAAUUGGCCAUCAUCUAUUCUACUUUAAUUCGCAUCUCCCAACGAAUGUCCUUCUUCCCGACGGGACAGACUCCUUACAUAGCCCGGGUGAGCCAUUUGAACGCCGAAUGUGGGCCGGAGGGAGUGUGAGAAUAAAUCUAGAGGAAUAUGAUAAAGAGAAUGUGGGGUGGCAUAAGAAACACCAAUUGGUUUGCCUAGAGCGCGUAAAAGAUGUACAAAUCCGAGGCACAGAUGAAGCUGCCAAGAUUUUUGUCACUAUUGAGAGAAAAAUCGCUAGGAAAGGAUUGUCUAGAAAUCUAGAAUAUCCUGUUGUGGAUGCAGGUCUAAUUGAGGACACCAAAGAUAGUCUGGAAACAGAGAAAUUUCUAGUUGUAGAGGACCGCAAUCUGGUCUUCAUGCGUGCUCGAAGUUUGGAGGAGAGAGAAGCCAUACAGGCAGGUCAAUUGACACCCGUGAAGUAUCUCAAGCCUCCUGGCGAACCGGACUUUUCACAUACCUUGACACCUACAAGCGCUCUGCUUUUCCGCUUCUCGGCUCUCACUUUCAAUGCCCAUUUGAUACAUCUUGAUCCAGGAUAUGCGCGCAACAUAGAGGGUCACCGAGGUUUGCUCGUCCAUGGGCCACUCUCGCUCUCACUGCUUCUGAAUUUCUUGUCCCACCAACUUAACCUUCUGGAUACACCUCAGCGCGUGUUUUCUAUCGAUUAUCGUAAUCUUGCCCCCCUUUAUUGCGACGAGCCUAUGCGACUUUGUGCUCGCAAAAGACCCGCUCAGAACGACGCAGAUGAUUAUGUACUCGACGUUUGGAUUGAAGGUCCUAGUGGAGGCAUGGCAGUCAAAGGAACAGUC